AUGAUUCAGGUUCGCGUGAUCGCCGAUUUCAAUAGUGUUGCAUCGAAAGCUGAAGAUGCGAGUUCAAUUUAUCGUACUCUGCGUCCAUUCUGGGCAUCUACGUCCACCUCACAUCUGGUGGAUCCAGCUGAAAAAGUACUAUCAAUGGUACCGAGCUCAAGGUCAGCCGUGCUCAAUUAUUUGGGAAUGUUAACUCACGAAGCAACGCAUCUGUACUUCAUGAAAAAGGAGAAUCCUCAUUUCGGAAGUGAUUCGGGUAGUGUCGAAAGAGCUGUUCGCAGGCUGUCGACGAACUUCGAAGGACUUCUGUCGUCCACUGAACAAAAAGUUUUAGCAUCACACGUUCUGAAGUAUCUGUGUUCACUUCUUGCGGAAAUUUGUCAGUGUAAUUAUGAAAGACCGUUGGCGCAGCAAACUGGUGUAGCACCACGAAAUCUACUCCAUCUCUUUGAAUCGUCACCAUCUGUUGCGGGUAUUUUGAAAUUGUUCGAUAAAGCUGUUGCGAUUCUUUUGGAUGGUGCACCAGAAGAGUGUUUCCAUACACUGGUGGACGCUUCAAUGCAUGGAUUCUGUUUCGAUUGGGUUUGGCUUCAUUUGGCAUGGUCAUUUCCUGUGCCGAUUAUGACGUUCCUGUUGAAUUUGGGUGCUGAACAGUUUAAGCAGUAUAUUGCAACGAUUGCAACACUUGAACAACAAAGUAAUCCGGCAGCACUGUUUGAAACGCAUCAGAUCUACAAACGGAAAUUUACGACGUCGUGUGAAACGUUCGCGUAUUUGGCAUCGAAACGUCGUCCUGAGUUGAGAUGCGUUGUUCGUGAUAUGCUCAUCAAAGGAAUCGAAUUGCUGGACAGUUCAUCCGAUAUGGCGAUAACAAGCGAAACAGAUCUCUCGAUUCCAUUUAUCUUCAAACUGCUCGCAGCAUCGAGUGAAUUCCUGGGAUUUCUUCUUCCACGUCUCAGUUCAAACUUAGAUGUUACACUCGGUUUAUAUGAGUUGAAUUACUCCAGUGGUGUGCCUAUUAGAGCAAUGCUUUUUCAUACGUGUGUGCAGUUGCUGCAAAUCAAUCUCGACUGCAUGGUGCCGAUGGUGGCUGGUUUUUCACAUACCUACUCGACAAUACUUAAACAGUUCUUGUGCUUCAUGAGUGGUGAGAAUAUCGCGACUGUGCUCGAUGCAUCCAUUCCGCUCGCUUUUGACGAAUCUGCAUUGCAACAAUUACAUCAACCAUGGGCAAUGGCGAUAAAGAGCGGAGCGAUUGAGAUUAUUGAUGAAAUCCUUUCGAUUAUCACCUCAUCGGUUCAUAGUCAAGCGUUGUUCGUAAUGAGCGAAAGGGAUUCAAUAGGACAGUGUGUGUUGAAUUCAACCAAGUUGAGGGAAUAUAUUAGCGGAGCGAUGUGUAGUGGUGAGAGAGGGAAAUUCAGUAUAAAGUUCUUGAAUGCGUUUUGUGUCGUAACCGGUCCACUGAAAACAGCCGAAGUAAUAGCGAGAUUCAUCAUGGAAGCCAGAGACUCUCAACAAUUAACUGCUCUGUGUGCACUGUUGAUUGCAACAGAGCAUAUAAUGCCGAAUUCACCGAGACAAGGUAUAACAAGUCUGAUUCGCCUUCGAAACAUUCUCGAAUUCGAAAACAGGAAUAUCGCAACUCGACGGCAAAUUGCUGAAGGUGUUUCGGGAUCAGCGAUGGAAACAAACGAUACGGACAAUAGCGCGAAUGUAGGAUGGCUGCACAAUUUGUUGACACUGAACGAAUGGCAGAAAACAGCUCACGAGAGCCAUCCCAUUGCAUUCCUUCGAUUCGAAAUGACAAAGCAUUAUGGACAAUUAAUGGUUUAUGUGCUGAAGUGGACAAGCAGCGAAUUGGUUCGUAUAGAGAAUGAUAAAACAAUUGAGUUUUUGCAAAUCCAACCACCCGAGAGCGUUCAUAUGCUGGAUGGACUCUCUCUAAAGAGUAUUCCGGAAAUGAGUGUUUCGUUUCGGCUCCCGAAACCUUUUAAUGAAAGGGAGCGAGACAGCAUGAUUGCCACUCUGAUGAAGACGUUCAUUCAAUUCACUCAUUCCAUCGAACCUCCACCAAUUCUCAAACCAAAAUACGCGUACAAAAUCUGUGCUCAGUUUGCCUCAUUGCUCAUUCUACUUCUGCGAAAUGUUGCGAAAGACGAUCGACCACUGGCACCUGCGUUGUAUUUCUCGAGUUGUGCUUUGGUAUCACAGUUUCUUGAUUCACAACCAUUUUAUGUACGGAAACAGUUUAUGACACAUUUUAUGGAUGAAGCACUUGCGAGAGUUGUUGAAUUGUUCGGUGCAGCGUCGAAGUAUUCGUACGAGAAGGAGAAGGAGAAGAAUGUGAUGAACUCGUUGGACCCGAACAUAGCUGGAUGUCUUGGGGAGGCAUUCAAAGAGUAUAUGAACGACGAGAUUGCGUCCGAAUCUCUUCUGCAACGUUUACGACGAAUGCCGAUUGGUGGACGGAAUCCGCUGGAGAUCGCAAAUUGUGGUAUCAUUGGUAAAGGUGCACGAAAACAGAAGGAAUUGAAGCUGAAGGCAACAACACUGACAGAUCGUAUGUGCAAAGAAGGGCUCACGGCCAGUUUCGUUUGGUAUGAUUGGGAAAUUGAAAAAGAAAUUGCACACAAGUAUGAAAAUUUGUGA